AACCAGCUGGCAGAUUUGGCCAGCCUCCAGCAGACACCCUAUUAUUACUAGGUGGAUGAAACAAGCUGAUUGACGCGAUGGAGAUGCUAAAUAAACUGAAGAGUACUGUUGGAGGGUUGAUUGGGAACCCUGUGAUGAGGGAGUAUGAGAUCAUCAGACAUGUAGGGAGCGGAGGACCGGGCUGUCUGUGGAAGAUAUAUCAUGCUGUCAAGAGGUCUACCAAGCAGGAAGCUGGUGUAUUUGUAUUUGAAAAGAAGCUCUUGGAAAGAUUUGCCAAGCGAGAUCGGGAUCCACUGUUAGAGAUCUUACGGAAGGGUUCCACCCAGCUGACAAGGCUACGCCAUCCCUGUGUGCUCACUGUUCAACAUCCACUGGAAGAAACAAGAGAAAGCCUUGCAUUUGCCACAGAGCCUGUCUUUGCAAGCCUAGCCAACAUAUUAGGUUGCCAUGACAACAUGCCUUCGCCCAUCCCUCCGUACAUUGGAGAACACAAGCUGUUUGAAGUCGAGAUUAAAUAUGGACUCCUACAGUUAACUGACGCCUUGAAGUUUCUACACAACGAUGUGCAUAUGGUCCAUGGUAAUAUCACCCCAGCAAGCAUCAUCCUCAACAGCAAUGGAGCUUGGAAGCUAGCAGGAUUCGACUUUGUCAUUCCAUCCUCAUCACCACCUGAUCAACCAGCUAUUUUUCCUUUACGAGAGCUUAUGAAUGACGUCUCGGCUGUUCUUCAACCCAACCUGAACUACUUGGCUCCGGAAUACCUGCUAACACAAAGCUGUGAUAUGUCCAGUGACUUGUUCAGUCUUGGAAUGCUGAUGUACUCCGUUAUUAACACCGGCAAACUCUUCCACGAUUGCAACGAGAAUCUGUCCACUUUUAAACAGAAAUCAGAACAGCUGCGUAGUCUGAGUAUAUCGUUAUUAUCCAGUCUCCCCGAUGGUUUGAAGGAAUACGUCAAGAUGUUACUAAGUACCACACCUACAAUCAGACCGGAUGCUGAUCAACUUGGCAAGAUCCCAUACUUUGAUGAUGUUGGUGCUAUGACCCUGCAGUAUGUAGACUCGUUGUUUCAACAAGACAAUCAACAGAAAGCUCAAUUCUUCAAAGGUCUUCCUAAAGUCAUCUCCAAACUGCCCAAGAGAGUUGUACAGCAGAGGGUUCUACCGUGCUUGUGUAAGGAGUUCAUGAACCCGGACAUGGUGCCCUUCGUGCUCCCCAACGUCCUUCUCAUCGCAGAGCAGUGCACGGAUCAGGAGUAUGUCAAGCUUGUCUUACCAAGCCUCAAGAACGUCUUUAAGAUGCAAGAACCUGUUCAGAUUUUACUCAUCUUCAUGCAACGAAUGAACCUCCUUCUGACGAAGACGCCGUCUGAAGACAUCAAGAAUCAUGUUCUACCCAUGGUUUACAGAGCUCUAGAGUCGACCUCGGCUCAGAUACAGGAGCUGUGCCUAAACAUUCUGCCUUCGUUUGCCGGGAUGAUAGAGUACAACUCCAUCAAACAUUCCAUUGUCCCCAGACUGAAGAAAAUUUGUUUGGAAACCUCCCGCCUGUCGGUUCGUGUAGGAUGCCUGGUGAGUCUAGGAAAGAUGCUUGAGCACAUGGACAAAUGGUUUGUUCUAGAUGAAAUACUACCGCUCCUCAUGCAGAUACCAUCCAGAGAACCUGCUGUUCUUAUGGGCAUCUUAGGUAUUAUCAAGAUAUCUAUGAAUCAUAAGAAGCUGGGUAUCACCAAAGACAUUGCAGCCACCAAGGUUCUUCCUUUCCUCUUCCCUCUCUCCAUUGAUAAUAACCUCAACCUGCAUCAGGUAAGACCUUGGAAGGUUCUUCCUUUCCUCUUCCCUCUCUCCAUUGAUAAUAACCUCAACCUCCAUCAGUUCAAUGCGUACAUGUCAGUGAUAAGUGGUCUCAUCAAACUGGUAGAGAAGGAACAGAGAGUCAAGCUGGAACAACUUAAUGCUUUGCAAGAAGAACAAAAGACAUCUGUUGAGUUUGCCCAGAAGCUGCAAGCCAGUGGUGGGAAUGAGGAUGUUCCAUUGUCAUCAAGAGGGGAGAGCAACAAUACUGGAGGGACUGGGGUGGACCAGAUGUUUGAGACGUUUGGAUUGGACGGCCAUACCAGUCAAAAUGGGAAGAAUUUGUCUGGUCAGAAGCAGUCCUCUUCCAGCUCCAAGGGCCAAGCAAGUAGCACAGGAUCCUCCACCAAGGCACCAGAGCCCGCCCCAGUGCGCCCCUCACAGGUGUCCCUGAGCCUGGAGGAGAAACAACGUCUUCAGAAGGAGCAGGAGUUUCAGCAGCGGUUGAAGACCCAGAAGGUGAUCCAGCCUGUAGAGACAAACAAGCAGCCCUCAAGGUCUGCUGUCAAAGACCUGUCAGGAUCACUCGCCAUGGAGUCUGGAAGUGGCAUCAAGGGCAGGAUUGCAGGAAUGGACAGUGUUUGUACGAGGACAGGUGGUGGUGGUGGUGGUGGUGGUGGUGGUGGUGGUCUAAUGUCCAGUGGAAUCGGCAGCAUGAAUGGUUCACCGUAUCAUCCACCACCAAGUGCAACGUCUUCAGGGAGUAUCCUCGGAGCAGGAGGAAUGGGUGUUUUGAAUGCUUCCUUGCUCUCUCAGCCGGUCAAUAACAUGUCGCAGAUGCCUCCUCAAAUGAACAAAACCCAAGCGAAAAAGAACCUCGACAUGUCCACCUUUGAUUCUCUCCUAGCUCCGUCUCAGUCCCAGAAAUCUCACAGAACACUCAGUCAAAUGUCUUCAGCUAACACAGCACCUGCCACUAACCCUCACACAGGACAAAGCUCAUCGCAAGGGUUUGUCCAAAGACCACCAGGUAGCAUGGGCCAGGCCGCAUAUGGAGGUGCGGGUCAAGGGUCGCAGGGCAGCAUGGGUCAGGGGUCAUUUGGAGGUGCGGGUCAAGGGUCGCAGGGCGGCAUGGGUCAGGGGUCAUUUGGAAAUAUUGGUCAAGGACAGGGUGCAUUCGGACAGGCAGGCAUGAUGGGUAAUUAUAGUGGAGGAAGUCAGGGCUUAGGUCAAAUGUCGUGGCAGGCGUCGGCCAUGCAGAAGCAGCAACAGACUCCAGGGGCACAGCAUACAGGAGUAGGAAUGGGUACAGGCUUCGAUCCAUUUUCCAGCACAGCUGCAUCAAGCCAGCAGAAACAGAAGACAGUAGGAGGUGAUAACCUGCUGGAUUUUCUGGGGUGAAUCAUGUGGAAACGUCUUAAUAAUAAUAUUUCUUGCAGCACGUUUAGGAACACUUUUUCAGCUUGCUUCUAUGACACAUCCAGUGACAACAAUUUUUCAUGCAAGACUGACAUGAAAUCAUGCAGAGGUAAUGAAUGAAGCAAGAUCUACAUGCAUGUACAGGAAGUAUUGAGGAUUGAAUGUCCAAGUGCACUUGUUUAGGCAAACUUCAACAUUUGCUGUUAACAAAGCAUGUAGUGAAGGUUAAAAAUGAAGUGGGAUAUGUGCAAUAGACCGGUUUACUCACAUAUUCAAAUUGUAUGCAUACUUUCGAAACAAAGGUUGUUCUUGACUACAUGAAGCUUGUCUGGGGUUUACCCAAUAUAGCAACAAGUGAUGAAUGCAGACUAGAUUCCAAGUAGUGUACAGGGUAGUUCUUCAUCAAUUUAAUUGAAUAACUCGUCUCUAGGUCCCCGGGAAUGAAACACCCAUCAAGUUGAAUAUUUAAAGGCCCACUGCACUACUUGUAGCUACUUGCGCCCUCUAUAUAACAAACAAUGCCUAAUCGGUGA